AUGGGCCUUGCGAGGCUACUUAUUGUCGUUAUUUUCAUCCUGUGUCAGAAUCCUCUACUUACUAAAGGCCAGUGUGACAGCACCCAGUUUCAGUGCACUAAUGGUCAGUGCAUAGACCUGGACUGGAGGUGCGAUGGAACCAAGGACUGCACCGACGACUCGGAUGAGCUCAACUGUCCGGCAGCCUCGUGCAGUUCUCAGCAGUUCCGGUGUGUGACGGGAGGUGAAUGCAUUUCGCUGGCGUUUGUGUGUGACGGAGAGAACGACUGCACAGACGGCUCAGAUGAACAGAGGGCCUGCAACGGCCAGACAUGUGGUCCACACCAAUAUAGGUGUCAGGAGGGCCAGUGCGUCCCACAGCAGUACCGGUGUGACCAUGUGAAAGACUGCGUGGACAACUCCGACGAGACCAACUGCAACUACCCGAGCUGUUCGGAAAAAACGUGCGCCAACGGUGCCUGUUACAACAACUCACAACACUGCAACGGACUAUUGGACUGCAGAGAUGGAUCGGACGAGUCCAACUGCACAACGGAGCACUGUCCACUCCAUCAGUACCAGUGUGCCAAUGGCUACUGCAUCCCCAUGUCAUUCGUGUGUGACCACUGGGACGACUGUGGUGACCAUAGCGAUGAAGAGGAUUGUACGUACCAGAGCUGCAGUGGGACGCAAUUCACAUGCACCAGUGGCCGAUGCAUCCCGCAGGACUGGGUGUGCGACGCCUUCAAUGACUGCGGAGACUACAGCGAUGAGAAGGGAUGUGAUGGUCAUGUGAGAGACUGUUACCCCGGGGAGUGGCCGUGCCCGGACUCGCCGACCUGCGUGGCCAUCAGCAAAGUGUGCGACGGCCACCCUGACUGCCCCGGCGGCACAGACGAAACCAACAGCACAGCCCAGCUAACCUGCGGUCUUCAGCAGUGCUCUGCUCUCAGUUGUGAGUACCGUUGCCAUGCCACCCCGCAGGGAGGGGCCUGCUACUGCCCCGAUGGCUACAUGGUGGCCAAUGACAGUCGUUCGUGUGUGGAUUAUAAUGACUGCAACAUCUGGGGAAUCUGUGACCACUUCUGCGAGGACCGUCCAGGGUCACACCGCUGCAGCUGUGCUGAUGGGUACUUCCUGGAACAAGGUCACAUGUGCAAGGCCAAUGUGUCAGAGGGACUUCCUCAGCUGAUCUUCACCGACGGCCGUGAUGUCAGGAUGGCGGAUAUUCAUGGGCGGUACCUCAGAACUCUGGUCCAAUCACCGGGCAAAGGUUAUGCUGUUGGUGUAGCCUAUCACUGGAACAGUCACCGGGCCUUUUGGUCUGACACAAAUGUUCAGAAGGUCUUCUCCAUAAAUUUUGAUGGGACUGAUCAGCAGGAGGUGCUGACCGAAGCCGUGCACAGUGUCCAGAACCUGGCCGUGGACUGGAUCAACUUCAAGCUGUACGUGCUGGAGGCGCGGGUGGAGCGCAUCGACGUGUGCAACUUCGACGGCAGCGACCGCGUCACCCUGGUGGCCGAAAACCUGGAGAACCCACAUGGCCUGGCCCUGGACCCCACGGUCGGGUACAUGUUCUUCACAGACACCAUGGGCUACGGUGACAACGACGUGAAACUGGAGCGUGCCUUCAUGGACGGCAGCAAUCGCUUUGAGCUGGUGAAGACCAGGGUCGGCAAUCCAAGCGGUGUUAGCCUGGACCUGGUCACCAAAAGAGUGUACUGGGCAGACAAGCAUUUCAACAUGGUACAGACUGUUACCUACAGCGGUCUGGACAGGAGAAUUGUGUUGAAUGGGGGCUAUCAGGUCCCUCAGCCAUUUGGCCUGACUGUCUUUGAGAACCACACCUUCUUCACCGACUGGACUAAGAUGGGUGUCAUCCGCACCAACCGCUUCAACGGCAGCGAGCCUACACUCCUGUUCCGAACCGCAGACAGACCUGGGCACAUUGUGGUCUCUCACUCUUCCCUGCAACCUGUGGUGCAGAACCCAUGUGGCCGGCACAAUGGCGGCUGCCAGCACAUCUGUGUGCUGAGCCACCGCACCGACAACGAUGGACUGGGCUACCGCUGCAAGUGUCGCCUGGGUUACGACCUCCAGCCUGACCUCCGCACCUGUUUCAAGGUGCGUGACUUCCUGCUGGUGGCGACGUCGUACGCGGUGCGGGGGAUCCCCCUGAACGUGUCCAUGCAGGAGGACGUCACGCUUCCCCUGACCGGUCUGGGGGUCACCUUCAGCGCCUCGGGCGUGGAGUACGACGGCAGCGAGGAGGCCGUGUUCUACAACGACCGCAGCAGGGGCCUCAUCUACAAGGGCGCCGUCAAUGGAACACACGAGGAGAUUCUAACUGGGUUCCGCGUGGGGACGAUAGAGUCCAUGGCCUAUGACUGGACCUCGAAGGUUCUGUUCUGGACGUCCAGCACAUACCGGUCCAUCUCGGCCUACAAAGUGACGGACGGCUCCAGGCGGGAAAUCGUGGAGCAACUGAAGAACCCCCGUGGCAUUGCGGUUCACCCCAGCGCAGGACUGCUGUUCUGGUCCGACUGGUACCGUCCUGCGGUGAUCACCCGAGCCUACACAGACGGCAGCAACGCCAUCCCCCUCAUCAACACCACCCUGGGCUGGCCCAAUGGGCUCGCCAUCGACUACAUGAUGGACAGACUCUACUGGGUGGACGCUCUGCUGGACCGCAUCGAGUUUGUGGGUACGGACGGCCAGGACCGCCAGGCCUUCUCCAACAUCGGCCAGAUCACACAGCCCUUCUCCCUUACCAUACACUCAGACCACCUGUUUGUGUCCGACUGGAGAACUAAGUCUGUGUUCCGGAUGCGGAAGAGAGAUGGAGGGGACAAUGUCGUCCUCCGCAAGGGGAUCAUGGGAGUCAUGAACGUGAAGGCCUACUCUGCUGACAUCCAGACCCUGUUCAACAGCCGCUGCAACAUGCUCCCCAACGGCCGCUGCAGCCACUUCUGCUUCCCCACGCCGGCGUCCAGUCGCGUGUGCGGCUGCCCCUACGGCAUGAAGCUGCAGGCCAACCAGCGCGACUGCGUCGAGGACGACUCGGUGGCGCCGCCCGACGUCAGCUGCGGCGACUACGCCUUCCCCUGCGACGGCGGACGCUGCGUCUCCCUCUCGUUCCGCUGCGACGGCAUCAAGGACUGCAUGGACCACACGGACGAGGCCAACUGCACCGAUCCUGGCAUGACCUGCUCUCCCAGGGCCUUCACCUGUGGAAACAAGCACUGCAUCCCCAGCAGGUGGCGCUGUGACGGCACGGACGACUGUGGUGACGGCACGGACGAGGACAACUGCCCGACGCGGCUGCCCACCACCUGCAGCGCCCAGCAGUUCGCCUGCACCAACGGCAAGUGCGUCCCCACGAGCUGGGUGUGCGACCUGGACAACGACUGCGGGGACGGAUCGGACGAGCGCCAGUGCAAUGGCACCAUCUCCACCUGUAGUCCGGGCCUCUUCCUGUGUCCAGACCACCGCUGCAUCUCCAACUCCUACGUGUGUGAUGGGGACCAGGACUGCAUGGAUGGCUCUGACGAGAAGAACUGUGAGUUCGUCUGCUCCUCAUAUGAGUUUGCCUGUGCCAGCGGGGACCAGUGCAUCAGCGAUAAUUACCGCUGCGAUGGAGUGUAUGACUGCAGAGACCACUCAGAUGAGCAGGGCUGCCCCACUAGAGGACCUGGUUUGUGUCACGACAACGAGUUCCAGUGCCAAUUGGACGGCUUCUGCGUCCCGGAUACCUGGGAGUGCGACGGGCACGCUGACUGCGAGGACGGCUCGGACGAACACCACGGCUGCCCACCCCGCACCUGCCGGCCCGGCUUCUUCCAAUGCGCCAACGGCAACUGCAUAUCGUCGUCCUGGGUGUGCGAUGGCGACAACGACUGCCGAGACAUGAGCGACGAGCAGGCCUGCCCCACGCCGCCCUUCAGCUGCCCCGCCGGCCAGUGGCUGUGCCCGACCGACCAGGUGUGCAUCGCGGAGGGCAAAGUGUGCAACGGCCAGCGCGACUGCCCGAACGGAGCCGACGAGUCGCCCCUCUGCAACGGUGAUGACUGUGCGCUGGCUAACGGGGGCUGCAGCGACGGCUGCAUCCAGGGCCCGUUCGGCGCCCAGUGCACCUGCCCGUCGGGCUACCAGCUCCUCAACGACUCCAAGACGUGCGAGGACAUCGACGAGUGCCAGAUCCUCGGCUUCUGCAGCCAGCAGUGCUUCAACGAGCGCGGAACCUUCCGCUGCUACUGCCAGGAAGGCUACCUGCUGGAGCCCGACAUGCGCACCUGCAAAGUCAGGAACCCCAUAGAGGCUGUGUUGCUGGUCACCAAACGUAGUCAGAUCAUCGCUGACCGCAUCAACUUCCGCCCGCCUGUCAUCCAGCCCAUCGUAAGUGGCUCCAGCAUCGUCUCCGUGGAUUUCGAUCGGGUCACCAAGAGGAUCUUCUGGGCGGACGUCUCUCAGAAGAUGAUCUGGAGCUCCUUCCAGAACGGAACGGACAAGAGGAAGGUUUUCAGCAGUGGACUGAUGGUUCCGGAGACCGUGGCUGUGGAUUGGGCCGGCCGGAACCUCUACUGGGUCGACUCAGUGAUGCAGACCAUUGAGGUUUCCACCAUUGAUGGACGCUUCCGGAAGAUUCUGUUCAGCAAAAACAUUACCAGUCCACGCGGGCUUGCUCUUGAUCCUCGUAACCACACCAACGUGAUGUUCUGGUCCGACUGGGGUCAGAACCCACGGAUCGAGCGGGCUGACAUGGACGGCUUUGGGAGGAAAGCCAUCGUCACGACCAAGGUAUACUGGCCCAACGGACUGGCCCUGGACUACCCGACUCGCCGCCUCUACUUCGCUGACGCCUAUCUGAAGUACAUCGACUACUGCGACUACAACGGCAACAAUCGCCAUCAGGUGUUUGCCAGUGACAUGAACCUCAACCAUCCGCACGGCAUGACCGUGUUUGAGGACUACGUCUACUGGACUGAGCGCUACACCAGCCGUGUCUUGAAGACCAACAAGUUCCACGGCGGCAACGUCACCACCGUCAUGACCAGCGUCUACCAGCCCAUGGGCGUCGUGAUGGACCACCACAUCAAGCAGCCCCACGCCAUUAACCCCUGCGCGGAGCACCUGUGUAGCCAGUUGUGCUUGCUGUCUCAGAUACGGCCCAGGUACUACACCUGUGCCUGCCAGUCCGGCUGGAACCUCAACAGUGACAAGCGCACCUGCACCAAAGAUGACACCCCGUUCUUAAUGGUGAUGAGAGAGACUGUUAUCAUGGGGAUCCCUCUCAACCCCAACGACACCUCCAACAAUGCCAUGGCCCCCAUAUCAGGCAUCACCAAAGGAGUCGACAUCGACUUUGAUGACAAGGAACAGUUUGUCUACUGGGUGCAAGGCUCGGGAACGAUAUACAGAGUGAAGACUGAUGGAACCAACAGAACCCAGUUUGCACCUGCUGCGAUCAUCGGUUCUCCCUCUGGACUGGCUUUUGAUUGGAUAACCCGCAUGAUGUACUACACCAAUCCCACCAAUAAGGCGAUAGAGGUCAUCCGAGUGGACGGAGCUCAGCACUACAGGAGGACUCUCGUCACCAGCACGGGCAAACCUGAGGGAGCGGGCACACCAGUGGGCAUAGCCCUGGACCCCGCCAGAGGGAAGUUGUUCUGGACAGACAGAGGGACAGACAGUGGGGUCCCCGCUAAAGUGGCCAGCGCAGACAUGGACGGAGGGAACCCCAAAGUCCUGUUCACGGGGAACCUGGCCAACAUCGAGUUCAUCACCGCAGACAUCGCCGCCAGCAAGGUCUACUGGGGGGUCCCCAGCUCAGGACUGGUGAGCUGCCCGCCCCCACCCCGCCCACUCCUCUCUCCUGUGCUUGAUUGACAGAUCGAGUGCGGCACCAUGGACGGCGUGAGCCGGGUGACCAUCGUGAGCGGGCUGUCCCACCCGUGGGGCAUCAGCGUGAGCGGCCCCCACCUCUACUACAGCGACCUGGACUACGAGGUGGUGGAGCGCGUGGACAAGGCCAACGGCGCCAACAUGGUGGUGCUGAGGAGCGGCCUGUCCGGCGUCCGCGCCGUCAAGGUCCACGCCAGAGACAACUCGGCCGGCACGACCAACGCCUGCAGCACCAACAACGGCGGCUGCCCGCACCUAUGCCUGCCCAAGCCUGGGGGCCAGAAGGUGUGCUCCUGCACCACGGGCUUCGUGCCCUCCCAGGACGGCACCCUCUGCGAGCAGUACGACUCCUUCGCCAUCGUGUCCACGCCACGCAUGCUCCGGGGCUUCCACAUCAACAGCUCCGACCACUCCGAGGCCAUGGUGCCCGUGACAGGAUACUACUAUUCUACUAUUAUGGACAAGAUGGACCUUCACAUUGCCUCUGAGUUCGUGUACUGGAUUGACAACAGCACGUCCUCCAGCUACAGAGGGAUCAAUCGGGUCAAGACAGACGGGUCGCAGUAUGCCCGAAUAGUAUCAUCUGGUGUGGGCACAGGGGGCAUCCAGGGGCUCGCCAUCGACUGGGUAGCAGGGAACCUGUACUUCACCAACGUGUUCCCGAGUCAGACCCACCUGGAGGUGAUGCGCCUGAACACCUCAUACCGCCUGGUGCUGCUCAAGAGCUCCAUGGACCGGCCCCGCGACCUGGCCGUCAGCCCCAAGAUGCGCUUCAUCUUCUGGACCGACGCCGGCCAGAACCCCAAGAUCGAGCGGGCCCAGCUGGACGGCACCAACCGGACCGUGCUGGCCACCGAGAGCCUGUCGUCCCCCCGCGGCCUCACGGUGGACUACACCAACGGCAUGCUCUACUGGGCCGACGACGGGCUCGACAUGAUCUCCAUGAUGUUGGCCGACGGCUCCGAGAGGCAGAUCUUGCGCUACGGCAGCCGGUACCCGGCCCCGUACGGCCUGUCCAUCUUCGGUAACUACCUGCUGUGGGUCGACCGCAAGCUCGGGAAGCUGUUUCAGACCAGCAAAUACGCGGGGAGCGAGAACCAGAACGAGACCGAGGUGAUCCGCGAUGGGCUGGAGGGCCUGUCGGACGUCACGGUGUUCGACGCCCACGUGCAGCCCGUCGCCGCCCAGCUGGUGGACUUCAACCCGUGCCUGGAGGACAACGGGCGCUGCCAGCAGCUCUGCUUCGCCUACCCGGGCCAGACGGCGGCCAAGUGCGGCUGCGCCCACGGCACGUUGCUCAGCAACGGCGUCACCUGCGGUUACGGCCAGGACGAGUUCCUGGUCUACACCACCGACUACACGCUCAACAGCGCUCGCCUGGACCCGGACGACCACUCGGUUCCGUUCGCGCCCUUCAACCUGGGUUAUGGCCUCAUGGCGCUGGACUUUGACUUCCAGGACCGCAGGGUGUUCUUCACGCAGUAUUCUGGGAUCGGGAGGAGCAAGAUCGGGUACAUCAACACGGCCACCCCUGGCAGUCCCGCUGUCUUUAUCGCCACGGACCUGCGGGACCCUGAGGGUCUGGCCUAUGACUGGGUCCAUAAGAGGCUCUACUUCACCGACUACAGCAACAGGAGCGUCCAGGCCAUCGGGAUAGACGGACAGAACCGCAGCUUCAUCGCCCACGCCAACCGCCCGCGGGGCAUCAUCGUGGACCCCUGCUACGGGUAUCUCUACUGGACAGACUGGGGAUCCCCUGCCAAGAUCGAGCGAGCUACACUCGGUGGAAACUUCCGGAUGCCCCUCAUCAACACCAGUCUGUCCCAGCCCAAUGGCCUCUCCAUUGACUACGAGGAGAGGCUGCUCUACUGGGCUGAUGCCACUCUGGACAAGAUCGAGCGCUCCUCCCUGACCGGUGAGAACCGGGAGGUGAUCGUGGGCUUCGCCCAGUACCCGUUCGCCGUGACCGUCUACCAGCAGGACAUCUUCUGGACGGACUGGACCGCGCGUGCCCUGUACCGGGCCAGCAAGGACGACGGCUCUGGCGCGGUGGUGCUGGUGGAGGGCCUCCAGUACCGGCCCAAUGACGUGCACGUGUUCAGCAGCACCAAGCAGGAGAACUGUGCCAGCCCCUGCCAACAGUUUAAUGGAGGGUGCAGCCACGUGUGUGUGGCAGGCCCAGCCGGUGCGGAGUGCCAGUGCCCUCAGGGCAACUGGUACCUGACCAACGACGGCAAGGACUGCAUCAAGGACGAGGGUCACCGCUGCCAGCCAGGCCAGUUCAGCUGCCUGGACGGGGGCUGCAUUAGCCCAGAGUGGAAGUGCGACGGCUACCGCGACUGUUUUGACGGCUCGGACGAGCUGGAGAGAGUGUGUGCCUUCCACACCUGCUCCGCCAUGUCCUUCACGUGCGAUAACGGCCGAUGCCUGCCCCUCGCCUACGUGUGCGACUACACGGACGACUGCGGCGACAACAGCGACGAGCGAGGCUGCCCCUUCCCCACCUGCCACCCCGUCGACGAGUUCACCUGCCACAACGGCCGCUGCAUCAGCGCCGCGUUCGUCUGCGACGGCCACAACGACUGCCGUGACAACGGCACCUCUGACGAAAUCAACUGCCCGGACAGAAACUGCCCAUCCGGACAGGUCAAGUGUGACAGCACCAACAUCUGCAUCAAUCCCGACAGACUGUGUGACGGCUACAAUGACUGUGGAGACAACAGCGACGAGAACCCGCUCUUCUGUUUGGGCAGGACGUGCUCUCCUGACGAGUUCCGCUGUGACGAGGGCAAGUGCAUCCCCGACAGCUGGGUGUGUGACUACGUAGCUGACUGUGUGGAUGGCACGGAUGAGCCUGACUCCUGCGUGGACGUGGUGCACACCUGUGCGGUGUCUGAGUUCACCUGUGUGAACGGGAACUGUGUGCCGGCCUCGCUCAUCUGCGACGGCAACAACGACUGCGCGGACAACAGUGACGAGGCUCCGGAGCUGGAGUGUGGUCUGCGGACGUGUUCCCCUGGGCAGUUCUCCUGCCCUCCCCCCUGGCGUCCAGGCACGCCGCGCUGCGUCCCCCAGAGCUUCGUCUGCGACGGUGAGAGGGACUGCGCAGACGCCGCCGACGAGCUGCAGAACUGCCCCAACCGCACCUGCCACAUGAACGAGUUCCAGUGCGCCAACGGACUCUGCAUCUUCCUCCCCUUCCACUGCGACCGCGUGAACGACUGCGGGGACGGCAGCGACGAGCGCGGCUGCACGUACGACACCUGCUCCAGCGAGCAGUUCACCUGCCAGAACGGCAUGUGCGUGCCCACCUGGUACGUGUGCGACGGCGCGGCCGACUGCCUGGACGGCUCAGACGAGAUCGAGAGCCUCUGCCACACGCCCGUGCCCACCUGCGCCCCGGGCCAGUUCAUGUGCAAGUCGGGCGAGUGCAUCGACAUCCACAAGGUGUGCAACCAGCAGAGGGACUGCCCCGACGACAGCGACGAGAAGGGAUGCGGCAUAAACGAGUGCAGGAACCCGGCGGUGCACCAGUGCGCCCAGCUGUGCGAGGACACGCUGACGGGCUACCGCUGCGCGUGCGAGGCCGGCUACCGCCUCAUGCCUGACGGCAAGGCCUGCGCCGACGUGGACGAGUGCCGGGAGACGCCGGCCGUCUGCAGCCAGAUCUGCGCCAACGCCGCCGGCUCCUUCCGCUGCACCUGCGCGCCGGGCUACCUGCGCGAGGCCGACGGGCGCACCUGUCGGCACAACAGCGGCGUGGCGCCGUACCUGUUGUACUCGAACCGUUACUACAUCCGGAACCUGACGACGGACGGCGCGUCGCUGUCCGUGGUGCUGCAGGGCCUGGGCCUGGCGGUGGCGCUGGACUUUGACAGCUACGACAAGCGACUCUAUUGGCUGGACGCCAACGCGGGCCGCAUCGAGAGGAUGCGAUUGGACGGGACGGAGAGGGAGGUGGUGCACGAGCACGAUCUGAUUGGUGCAGAGGGGCUGGCAGUGGAUUGGGUGGGCAGGAAGUUGUACUGGGUGGAUCAAUACCUGGGUGCGCUGCACGUGUCUGAGAUGGACGGUCGGUACCGUAAGAAGCUGCUCAGCGACUGUCUGGACAAGAACCACACCUACUGCUUCACCAACCCCCGUGCCGUCGCCGUCAACCCCAAAUACGGGUGGUUGUACUGGACAGACUGGGGAAACACUCCCUACAUUGGCAGGGUUGGUAUGGAUGGCACCAAUGCCUCUGCCCUCAUCACCACCAAACUGGUGUGGCCCAACGCACUGACCAUCGACUACACCACCAACAAGAUCUUCUUCGCCGACUCCCACCUCGGCUUCCUGGAUUAUGCUGACAUGGACGGACAGAACCGCCACCGGGCCAUAGCGGGCUCCCUGCCGCACCCCUUCGCCGUGACCCUGUUUGAGGACACGGUGUUCUGGACCGACUGGAACACGCACACGGUGGAGAAAGCGCACAAGUACACCGGCGCUGAUCGCGUCGUCAUGGGCAACAACACGCACCGGCCGUACGACAUUCAUGUGUACCACCCCUACCGACAGCCGCGCAGUGAGAACCCGUGCAAUAACCACCAGCUCACCUGUAGCCACCUGUGUCUGAUCCGGCCGGGGGGCCAGGGGGCCACCUGCGAGUGCCCUGACCACUUCAUCGGCCUGUCCGUGGGCUUCAAGAUCCAGUGUGUGGCCGACUGCUCCAGCACACAGUUCCGCUGCGGAGACAACGAGAGGUGUGUUCCUAUCUGGUGGAAGUGUGACGGUCAGUCUGACUGUGGCGACGGCUCGGACGAACCGGAGACGUGCCCGCCCCGCUUCUGUCCCAUUGGUCGGUUCCAGUGUCAGGACGGGAACUGCACCUACCCCAACUUCCUGUGCGAUGCCCAACCUGACUGUCCCGAUGGGUCUGACGAGGACCCUGCCCUCUGCAGUGACCACCGUUGCCAGGACAACCAGUUCCAGUGCAAGAACAAGCAGUGCAUCCCGGUGUCGUGGCACUGCGACGGCGUCAGGGACUGUUCGGACGGCAGCGACGAGGACGCGGACGGCUGCGCCCAGCGGACGUGCAAGCCCAACGAGUUCCAGUGCAAGGACGACGGCCGCUGCAUCCCGGCCAGCUACGUGUGCGACGUCCAAAACGACUGCACGGACCACUCGGACGAGCCCCUCGAGGAGUGCAUGGGGCCAGACCAUAAGUGUGAUGCAGACACCGAGUUCUCCUGUAAGUCCAAUUACCGCUGCAUCCCCCAGUGGGCCGUAUGUGAUGGUGCCAACGACUGCAUCGACAACAGUGACGAGCAGGACUGCGCUGCUCUGACCUGUGACCCCUUGGGCGAUUUCCGCUGCGACAACCACCGCUGUGUUCCCAUUCGCUGGAAGUGUGACGGCAGAAACGACUGUGGCGACAACUCUGAUGAGAGAGACUGCGUGCCUCGGGAAUGCACUGAGAGCGAGUAUCGUUGUGACAACCAGCAGUGCAUCCCAGGUGGCUGGGUGUGUGACCAUGACAACGACUGCGGGGACAACUCUGACGAGCGGGACUGCGAGUUGAAGACGUGUCGCCCCGACUCCUUCCAGUGCCUGUCCGGUCACUGCAUCCCUGCGGCGCUCAAGUGUGACGGCCGUGCGGACUGCCUGGACUUCUCCGACGAGACCACAUGUCCCACGCGUUUCCCAGGGGGGCGCUACUGCCCAGAGCACCAGUUCCAGUGUAGGAACCAUCUGUGUGUGGGGAUGACCUGGGUGUGUGACGGCUUCGACGACUGCGGGGACCGCUCCGACGAGGAGCUCAGCCUGUGCUUCAACAUCACCUGCGAGAUGCCGUCCAAGUUCCGCUGUGACAACGGCUACUGCAUCUACUCGGGCCUCAUGUGCAACCAGAAAGACGACUGUGGAGAUGGCAGCGAUGAGAAGGAGGACAACUGCCGGGAGCCGACCCCGGCCCCGUGCACCACGGAGCAGUUUAAGUGCACCAAUGGCCGCUGUGUGGCCCUGCCCUACGUGUGCGACUUCAACGACAACUGUGGAGACCUGACAGAUGAGAUGGGCUGCAAUUUUGGGCAUGACCGCACGUGUGAGGAGAAGCUGUGUGAGCAGGACUGCACCAACCUGAACGGCACCGGCUUCCUCUGCUCCUGCAGGCCCGGCUACACCGUGGACCCCGACAGCACCUUCAACUGCAACGAUGUAAACGAGUGUGAGAUGUUUGGCACAUGCCCCCAGGCGUGUAAGAACACCAAAGGCGGGUACGACUGUGAGUGUGCCCCCGGCUACCGUAAGGUGGGCACUGGGAGCUGUGAAGCUGAAGGUCCGGGGCCUCUGCUGCUGCUCCCUGAGAACAUCCGUAUCCGGCGGUUCAACCUGCAGACGGAGCAGUACCACAACUUCCUGGAGGAGCAGGAGCGCAUCAUGGCCCUGGACUACGACUGGGACCACAACAACACAGGCCUCAGUAUGGUGUACUUCACUGUGGAGGGGAAGGGCUCUGUGGCUGGCGCCCUGAGAAGAGCCUACCUGCCCGUCGUAGAUGACCACAGCAACAACAUCGCCGCCGCCGUCACCCUGGACAUCAAAUACAUCGUCAAGCCGUAUGGGAUAGCAGUGGACUGGGUCGGCAGGAACCUGUACUGGGCCGACUCGCAGGUCAAGCGUCUGGAGGUGGCCCUGCUGGACGGACGCUACAGGAAGCAUCUGGUCAAGACUGACCUGGGAGAACCGGGUGCCGUGGCCGUCAAUCCACGACUGGGGCUGCUCUUCUGGGUGGACAAUGGCGAGGCUCCCCGCAUCGAGUGCUCCUGGAUGGACGGGCAGCAGCGGAAGGUUCUAGUGGACAGCGGUUUGGGCUGGCCCACCGGACUGUCCAUCGACUUCACCAACAACGACCGCCUGUACUGGUCCGACACCAAGGAGAGCCGCAUUGAGUCCGUGCUCCCCACAGGAGAAGAUCGCCGCACUGCUCUGUUCAUAGACGUGCGUAACCCCUUCAGCGUGAGUGUGUUUGAGGACCACGUGUACUGGAGCACGCAGGAGAAGGGCGAGGUGUUCCGCCAGGACAAGUUCGGCAAGAGCGCCAAGACCCUCCUGUUCACGGCCGGGCCCUGGCUCACCCAGGUCAGCGUGUACCAGCAGCAGAGAUACAACUCCGUCAGCAUGAGAAACCCCUGUAAGGGCACCUGUAGUCACCUGUGUCUGCUGAGGCCGGGAGGCUACACCUGUGCCUGCCCAGAGGGGACCGGCUUCAGCUCCGGCAGCAACACCGUGUGUGACGCUGUGGCCAUAGCUCUUGGAGUUACAGCCAUAGUCGCCCUCCUCCUGGGCGGUCUGAUCUUCGCAGCUCACAGAAAGGCCAAGAUCAUGGAGAUAGUGCACAAUGUCAACAUGCCAACUCUCCCCUUGCCCAACUUCACCAUGCCCAACUUCAGAAGGUCAACUUCUCCUAAGGCAGACGAGGGGCGAGAGGAGCCUCCCUCAAGCCCCAGAGCGGAGCCCUCCACCACCGUGGAGGUGGGUGACUUGGGGAAAAAUUUUGAGAAUCCCGCCUACGUUACAGAGGACGAAGACGGAAAUUCCGCCCCCAGUGCUGUUGCCACGACGAUCCCGUCCUACGUUGGCCAACCCCAGGAGAGCAUUGAGAAUCCAGUCUAUGCCACGGACACCAGCGUAGUUUCAGAGCUGACUGUGUCUGCUGAUGCUUCUCCCAUCCCUGCCAAUGGCAGUGCCAUACAGGCCAACGGCAAAGCAGUCCCUGUCAAGACUGUGUCUGUUGAGCCUGCCUUUGAGAACCCAGCGUACUCCACAGAACAGGAGCAAACACCAGAGAUCAGCAAUGGGGUCCAAGAUGAAGAGGAGGAGGAAGAGGAAGAGGAGGAGAAGCUGGUUGCUGCCCAGUCUGAAGAGGACUCUGACGCGGCGUUCUCUAACCCCAUGUACACAGACCCAGUACAGCUUCCCGUCCCGGAGGAUUCCUCUACUUAAAUGAAGCCAAUAGACCUCAUCUUUUGAAAGUAUACUGUACUAUACAGUGACAUAUGUACUGUGAGUCACUUUAGACAAAAACGUGUCUGC